AUGGCGGCACUUGACACAGAGGCUGAAAUCGGCCGUGCGUUGCAAGGCUUUUGCUGUGCUGAAAGGCAGCUGACGAUCGGACUUCCCGCGCGGCUUCCCUCCGACUUCGAAAUCGAAUACAAGCCAAAAGAGAAGAGGCGCCGUGGCGACAUGCCGCUCCGUCUCAUUGUUCCGGCCGCUGCACUGACAGCCAGACACGACGAUGAAGUCCGCAGCAGCCCAGGAGUUAAAGCCACCGUGGUUGUUGUCUGCGUUCUGGCAUGUGCGAGUCAAGCAGACGGCUCCGAUCGCCGGGCAACUGUGGACAUGCAGUCCUCUCCCUCACAAAAUCAGCAUCUCGUUCUGGACCACACUGUUGAGCACGGAGAGGAACUUCAAGCAGACAAGGAGGUUGGAAGGGGAGUAGAGUCAUCGGUGGACGUCAAGCAUUCGAGCAGGCGGAAGGUAUUUGUAAGCAACCAGCCCUUCGGAGCCGGUUUAUUUUUGCUUUUUGGACAAGAACGUUCUCGUCACGAGGAUUCCUUUGGACCUUGGGAGUUUCAGCAUGUCGACCCAGUGCUGGGAGCAGAUAUAAUGGAACCGGGGAGAUAUACCACUCUGCCCUGUUAUCCAAACACCACCGGCGGUCACCCCAAUGACACUUCCGAGGACCUCGGCACUACCGGGGGCACGGUGGUUACUUCCUUGCUGGGGUGCAUCCUGGCCGCCAUGUGCCUCGUUGGGAUGGCCGGAAACAUCUACACGCUGGUGGUCGUCAACCUCUCCAUGAGACUGACCGGCUCGAUGUCGGUGUAUAUCAUCAACCUGGCCCUGGCGGACCUCCUGUACCUCUCCACCAUCCCGUUCGUCGUCAGCACCUACGUCUUGAAGGACUGGUACUUUGGGGACGUGGGGUGCAGGGUCCUGUUCAGCCUGGACCUCCUCACCAUGCACGCCAGCAUCUUCAUCCUCCUGGUCAUGAGUACGGAGAGGUACCUCGCGGUGGUCAAGCCCCUGGACACCAUCAGGAGGCCGAGGGAGUACCGCAGGAUGAUCACCUGCUCCGUGUGGCUGGUGUCCUUCCUCCUGGCCUUGCCCACCAUGAUCCUCAUCGACUUGCGGACCAGCAUCCAAGACGGGGUGAUCAAACGCAUGUGCUACCCCACGUGGCAGAUGGAGGCCUACAAAGUCUACCUCACCGUCCUUUUCAACACCUGCAUCUUGGCCCCGGGAGUCGUCAUUUGCUACUUGUACGUCCAGCUCGCCAGGACUUACUGGAGAUCUCAGGUGGGCCUCUUCAGCCCCAAGGAAGUGAAGAGGUGCCCCCGGCAGAAGGUCUUGUACAUGAUAUUUAGCAUUAUCCUCGCCUACUGGACUUGCUUCAUCCCGUUCUGGCUCUGGCAGCUGCUCGGCGUCUACCACCACCAGACCAGCGACAUUGCAGCCAACACGGUGGUCAACUUCCUGGUGACCUGCCUGGCUUACAGCAACAGCUGCAUCAACCCUUUCCUCUACACGCUGCUGUCCAAGAAUUACAAGGAGUACAUAAGGAGCCGGCACAAGAACAGCACCAGCCUCUCCAAGAUGAAGCCGAGGAGGAGCUCCUCAAAGAGGUUGGUGUUAUCCGGAAGCCACCAAUACAUGGAGACGGUGGCCGUUGCGCAGGUCAAAGGCGCCAACUGUGAAGAUGUUGUGUCUUUGUGA